AUGGAGCAGCAUCCCGGCCCCGAUGAUGCAUCGCUUCACAGCGAAUACCACAAUGAAGACGAAAACGAUAACCAAAGCCUGGACAACCAGCCCGUCCAUAAGCUCAACACCCAUGACUUCACUAGCGCGGAGACUCUGCGUGUACCCCAAGCCAACAUCCACGAAGCAAAGAGUGCCGAGACUUUGAAUGUCGACCACGCCGACACUUCAAUGCCCCCCAAGAAGACUGCGGGAUGGAGCAUGACACCGCAAGUGAUCCGGAAUGCAGAACGUGACGAAGCUGCCGGAUUCAAGAAGCGCGAGCUAGGUGUUACAUGGCAAAAUUUAACCGUCGAUGUCCUUGCAGCCGAAGCCGCCGUCAACGAGAACAUGGUCUCGCAAUUCAACCUUCCUCAAUUGAUUAAAGAUAUUCGCCGAAAGCCACCACUCAAGUCAAUCUUGUCAGACAGUCAUGGAUGUGUCAAGCCCGGAGAAAUGUUGCUUGUGUUGGGCCGCCCUGGUUCAGGAUGCACCACGUUGCUCAAGAUGCUAUCGAAUCGCCGCGAAGGUUAUCACACCGUGAAUGGUGACGUGCGUUUCGGAAGCAUGUCCCCCAAGGAGGCUGAAGACUACAAUGGCCAGAUUGUGAUGAACACAGAAGAAGAGCUCUUCUAUCCACGUUUGACAGUAGGCCAGACUAUGGACUUUGCGGCCAGACUUAAGGUUCCUUUCCAUCUACCAGAGGGAGUCCAAAGUGUCGACGAAUACACAGCCGAGACCAAACAGUUUCUUCUGGAUUCUAUGGGAAUUAGCCAUACGGCAGAUACCAAGGUUGGAAAUGAGUUUGUCCGUGGUGUAUCGGGUGGUGAGCGGAAGCGAGUCUCUAUUAUCGAGUGUCUCGCGACUAGGGGUUCUGUUUACUCCUGGGAUAACAGUACCCGUGGUUUGGAUGCCAGUACCGCAUUGGAAUGGGCCAAGGCCCUUCGUGCUAUGACUGAUGUUCUCGGCCUUUCCACCAUUGUGACCCUAUAUCAAGCGGGAAAUGGAAUUUAUAAUCUCUUCGACAAGGUCCUUGUCCUCGACGAAGGAAAGCAGAUCUACUAUGGCCCUGCAGCUGCAGCUAAGCCUUUCAUGGAAGAUCUAGGCUUCGUGUACACUGACGGAGCAAACAUCGGCGACUUCCUCACUGGUGUGACAGUCCCGACAGAGCGGAAAAUCAGACCCGGAUACGAAAACACAUUCCCCAGAAACGCCGAUGCCAUUUUGGCCGAAUACAAAAAGUCCAGCACUUAUGACCGUAUGGUCUCAACAUAUGACUAUCCCGACUCCAACCUCAGCCGCGAACGCACAGAUGCCUUCAAAGAGUCUGUUGCGUGGGAAAAGUCCAGCCACCUGCCUAAGGGUAGUAGUCUGACCACCAGCUUUUGGGUUCAGCUCAUCGCAUGCACCAAGCGACAGUAUCAGAUUCUGUGGGGUGAGAAGUCAACAUUCAUCAUCAAACAGGUUCUGUCAUGUGUGAUGGCGUUGAUCGCUGGUUCUUGCUUCUACGACUCGCCAGACACUUCUGCAGGUCUCUUCACCAAGGGUGGCGCUGUAUUCUUCUCGCUUUUGUACAACUGCAUUGUUGCCAUGUCUGAGGUCACUGAAUCCUUUAAGGGCCGUCCGGUCUUGAUCAAACACAAGGGCUUUGCUAUGUACCACCCGGCUGCGUUUUCCUUGGCUCAGAUCAUGGCGGAUUUCCCGGUGCUGUUGUUCCAGUGCACUAUCUUCUCGGUUGUCAUCUAUUGGAUGUCUGGCUUGAAACAUACUGCGGCUGCUUUCUUUACCUUCUGGAUUAUUUUGUUCACAACAACUCUGUGCAUCACCGCUCUCUUUAGAUUUAUCGGAUCCGCUUUCAGUACCUUCGAAGCCGCGUCCAAGAUCUCGGGAACUGCAGUCAAGGGCAUUGUCAUGUACGCUGGUUACAUGAUUCCUAAGCCCCAGAUGAAGAACUGGUUCCUCGAGCUGUACUACACAAAUCCCUUUGCCUAUGCCUUCCAGGCAGCCAUGUCGAAUGAGUUCCAUGGCCGCCAUAUCCCUUGUGUUGGUAACAACCUGAUCCCGAAUGGCCCUGGCUACGAGGAUGUCGGAGCUGAGAACCAAGCUUGUGCGGGUGUUGGUGGCGCUUUGCCAGGCGCAAACUAUGUGACCGGCGAUCAGUAUCUUGGAUCACUUCACUACAAGCACUCUCAAAUGUGGCGGAACUUCGGUGUCGUCUGGGGCUGGUGGGGGUUCUUCGCCAUUCUGACAAUUAUUUUCACAUCCUACUGGAAAACAGGUGCUGGCUCUGGUUCUUCUCUCCUCAUUCCCCGCGAGAAGCUCAAGCAGCAUCACGCCGCCGUCUCCGACGAAGAAGCACAAAAUAACGCAAAGACUACUGCGCGCAAGACUACCGAUGAGCCCGUUCAGGUUGACGAUGAAAAUCUCAACCGAAACACGUCCAUAUUUACCUGGAAGAACCUCACGUACACAGUCCAAACUCCCACGGGCGAUCGAGUGCUGUUGGAUAACAUUCACGGAUGGGUCAAGCCCGGCAUGCUAGGCGCCCUUAUGGGAUCCUCUGGUGCGGGAAAGACUACACUUCUUGAUGUGCUUGCUCAGCGUAAGACAGAUGGUACUAUCAACGGCUCUAUCAUGGUUGAUGGCCGUGAGCUCCCAGUGUCUUUCCAAAGAAUGGCGGGAUACUGCGAACAACUAGAUGUUCACGAGCCAUACGCAACUGUGAGAGAAGCAUUAGAAUUCUCUGCCCUCCUUCGCCAGUCUCGCAACACCCCUAAGGCAGAUAAGCUCAAGUAUGUCGACACCAUCAUUGACCUUCUCGAGCUCCAUGACCUGGCAGACACUCUCAUCGGUACUGUUGGGAAUGGACUUAGCGUUGAGCAAAGAAAGCGCGUCACAAUUGGCGUGGAACUGGUAUCCAAGCCUAGCAUUCUGAUCUUCUUGGACGAGCCCACCUCUGGUUUGGAUGGACAAUCAGCCUAUAACACCGUUCGUUUCCUUCGCAAAUUGGCUGAUGUUGGUCAAGCUAUUUUGGUUACGAUUCACCAGCCUUCGGCGCAGCUCUUUGCUCAAUUUGACACUCUCCUUCUCCUUGCAAAGGGCGGAAAGACUGUCUACUUUGGUGACAUUGGCGAUAAUGCGGCCUGCUUUAUGAUUGACGUCGUUACCGGUGGGAUCGAAUCUGUCAAGGACAAGGACUGGCAUCAGAUAUGGCUCGACUCUCCCGAGCAGACUCGCAUGAUCGCGGAACUGGACCGAAUGAUUGCGGAUGCUGCUGCCAACCCCCCCCGGAACUGUCGAUGA